AUGACUGAUGAAUCAAGUCAUACUUAUCGUUUCUCUGAUAUAGCUGGGGAAUCGAAUCGAAGAUUACCACCAAUCAGAGGCUUUGAGAAUAUGCCACUUGUAUCUCUCGAAGAAUCUAUACAACCUUUGAUUCCGUAUGUUCCAGAAAUCGAUCAUAUGGUUCAUAUAGUUAGAGGAAAUAUUAUUGAACUAAAACAUGAUUUAACUAUUGAUGAAUCUGCAUCGAUUGCAUUAUAUUCAUUGGAAUGGUCUCCGCAACAAAAGUCAUUUUAUAUAAUUCUUAAUGAAACUUUACGAGGUACAAAUCGAGCAACAUUAUUACCGCCAUGGUUUAAGUUUCUGAAACUAUUUUUAACUGGUCUUUCAAAACUUCCACUAACUGGUCGUCGGAAUAUUUAUCGAGGAGUUAAGUUAGACCUACGAAAACAAUAUACACAAGGUACAAAAAUUGUUUGGUGGGGAUUUUCUUCAUGUACAUCAUCUAUUGAAGUUCUAAAAAAUGAAGAAUUUUUUGGAAAGACUGGUACGAGAACCUUAUUUAGUAUUGAAUGUGACAAUGGUAAAGAUAUACGUCAGCAUUCAUUUUAUCAAACUGAAGAUGAAAUACUUCUUCUUCCUGGACAAGAAUUCGAAGUCCACUCUUCUCUUGAUAUGGGAAAUAAUCUUACUAUGAUUCAACUCAAAGAAAUUACCCCACGAUUUCCAAAUAUUGCAUCAAUUACAACAUCAAAAUCUUCAGCAACAACAACUACCACCAUGACCACUACUACAACUCCGGUUAGCACCGCUGCUACGCUAUCUGUAGUACCAAAGCCGGUUCCUAAGCCGAAGCCUCACAUUGAAUCGCGAAAAAUACCUUAUGAACGUCAAGAGAUAACAGAUACCGAUAUCCAACGUAUAAUCAACGAGGCACUCAUUCAACAACAAUGCACAGAACUCGACUUAUCUCAUAACAAAAUCACACAUGAAGGUGCUGCAGUGCUAGCUAAAGCACUGCGAACUAAUACGAUUAAUUCGAAUAAUGAAAAAUCAUGUACAAAUAUUUUUUCACGAUAA